AUGUCAUCAGCCUCGCCCCCUCCAUUGCUAUCAGAGCCGUCUGAUAAGCUUCUAGGAUCUGUUUCACCUGAUUCUCCUGUUCCCGCGAAGCGUCCAUUGGAUCGCUCUCCCUCUGAUCGUGCCGGCAAGCGCGCCAAGGGCCGCACGAAUAAAAGGACUUGGAGCGAGGCCCGUGACCCUGAUGAAGAGAGAGGGGAGAAAGCUCGCGAUAGCUCAUACCACGAAAUUUGGUAUUGCAAGCACUGCGACUCCACGAAAAAGCCUAAUUCGGUCACAACGAACUUGAGUCGAGCCCGCAAGCACCUGCGGGACUUUCAUGGUAUCCGGAUUGUUGAACAGGUAGAAAGGUCGGAUCUGAAGAAGCAGCAACAUGGCACUAUCACGGAUAUGUUUGGAAGGCAGGAGCAACGCCAGGCCAAUCGAGACCUUAAUGAGGAAAAAUAUUUGGUAAAUGCUAUUAACAUUCCCGCAUUCGAGGAAGCACUCGCCAGGCUCCUUGCGGUUCGCAAUAUCGCCCACACGUUCAUCGAAUACCCCGAGUUUCAUGCCGUUAUACUCUCCUGCAACUACAUGGCCCGGGACGUCCUCCUGCGCAGCCGCAGCGCGGUCCCAAAGCUUCUCGAAAAGACCUUCGCUCAGCACAAACAAGGCCUCGUUGAGAAGCUUCAUAAUUCUCUCUCAUCUAUGGUCCACUUCACCAUUGAUAUGUGGACCUCAUCGGAACAGAAAGCGGCAUAUCAGGCAAUCGUGGCUCACUUUGUAGAUGCGGAGACCAGAGAAGUUGCUCAAGCUUUGUUGUCACUGCGCGAGUUCAAAGGAAGCCACAGUGGGGAAUUACAAGCCAAGACUUUCCUGGAAGUUACCGACGAGUACGGCCUCAGGGGAAAAGUUGGCUACUUCACGAUGGAUAAUCACGAUGCUAACGAUACCAUGCUUGACGGUAUUGCAAAAGAGAUUGAGGGUUUAGAUCCGGUUGCCAAGCGACUACGCUGUAGUGCCCACGUCAUGAACAUCAUCGUUCAGUCCUUGAUCUCUCGGAGCAAGGCAAAGAAGAUCCAGGAGGAUGAGCAAGAGGGGAUCGAUGAAGCCUAUGAGCAGCUGUGCAGGCUAUCCCAAAAAGAGGGAGGAGGCAGUAUCACGAAGGCGCAAGCUACCGAGGAGUGGCGGGAGUUUCCUGUUCUAGGCAAACUCCACAAUUUGUGCAUAUAUUCAAGAAGCUCUACCAGCAUCCACAAUGACUUCAAGGCCAAGAUUGGUAGGGCCUUACCGAGGGACAAUGAUACACGCUGGAACUCAUGGUUUCGCCUCAUUGACGUGGCCAUUGAGAGACGGGCAGAAUUCAUGGAUUGGAUUCAAGAAAACCAUGCCAAAAUCGAGAAAGACGCAUUGGACCAUAACGACUGGAACGAACUCAGAGAUAUUCAUGCAUUCUUACAGGUAUUCCACCAGAUCUCAGUACGUCAAGGCCGAGAAAAUACGCUCGACGAAGUUCUUUCCCAUAUGGAUUUCCUCCAUCAUCACUUCACGCAGACCAAAAACAAGGCUUCCAGUAACCCACGCUUCUAUGCGCGUUUUCACGUCGCUUGGUUAAAGUUCGAGAAGUAUUACCAGCUUACCGAACAAGCCCCUGUGUACGUGGCUGGUAUUCUCCUCCACCCAGCACUUCGAAAGAGCUACUUGAGUGAGCAGUGGAAAAGAAAUCCAGCCUGGGUUAGCAAUGCCGUGAAGGCUGUACGGAAUAUUUGGUCCACAGAGUACAAGAGCUACCAGCUCCCAGACAAGCAGCAGGAAAAAGAGCAAGAAGUCGAUGAGUUUGAUCGCUGGAGGCAGAAGAUUUACAGCACAGCGAGUGAAGUGAAGGACGAAUUCGACCGCUUUAUUUAUGGCUCACAGGUUGGUAUUGGGCGACAAACAGCGUUACAGUGGUGGCUCGAACCGACACAGCGAGAGAACUUCCCCCUCCUCAGCCGUAUGGCUAUUGACAUUUUUUGCAUCCCCCCAAUGUCUGCAGAGGCAGAGCGAAUAUUCUCGGGAACGAGACGGCAGGUUACAUGGGAUAGAAGUAGCAUGUCUGCUAAAAUGGUAGAG